AUGCACAAGAUUUCAUCAACAGUCCUUAACUUCUACAAAUUUACAGGUGGCAAGCAGUAUUCGUCCAUUCAAUUUCAAGAAGCUAAUUUAUCAGACUCAGCUUCUUCUACUUCGAAAGCAUCCAAAACGGGAAGUGUCGCCUUAAAUUCACCUUACCAUAAUAAUAAACCAAGAAAUUUGGAACUAUUGUACAUAAAGAAGCUACUAAGAAAUAUCGAACCUAUGUUGAAGGACUACACACUCGGCAAAACUAGUGAGAUCAUAAAGCUUCGUGUUUUCAAACAACUCGAAACUCGAGAAGAAGGGCAUUCGCAUGGUGUUGUAAGUAUUCCAAGAUUAGAUCGAAGGCUUAUGUUUGACUGCGUGAACGAGUGCUUGGACUUGAGGUGCAGACAAUUUGCAAAGGGAGGAUAUAAAUUAUGGGCCAAGGGUACGCUUGUUGUUAAAAGAAAUGAAGUGUUGGCUGAAAAUGUGUACAAAGAUAUUUCUUGUUGCGACAUGAGCAGCAAAAACGGGUCGUGGCUCGACCGUGAAGUCGAUGAUUUUGAGCUGGGGAUUCAGAUAGAGUCUUGGGUAUUGAGUAGUUUGAUAGAUUAA